AUGUCCAAGCCUCUCAACCUAACAGAGAAAUAUGGUGCAAGCGGGUCUCCCUGUCUCACACCCUUGGAGAGAGUAGAUUCAUUUCCUGUUGCUCCGUUGCAGGGUAAUUGCAUGGUUUCCAAGAUUUUGGCUGAAGAAGCUGCCUUGAAAUUUGCAGAAGAGAAUAACAUUGACUUGGUUGCAAUGAAUCCUGCUAUGGGACUCUUUCCAUCCUUGCUUAUUGAUACAGGCGCACAGACAUUUCCAAAUAACACUCUUGGCUGGGUCAAUGUGAAAGAUGCUGCAAAUGCCCAUGUUAAAGUAUUUGAAACUCCUUCAGCCAGCGGAAGAUAUUGUUUGGUUGGGAGCGCGGCACACUCCUCAGAUGUUGUGAAGAUUUUACGUGAGUUGCAUCCAACAUUGCAGCUUCCUGAAAAGUGUGCGGACGAUAAGCCAUUCAUGCCAAAAUUUCAAGUUUCCAAUGAAAAAGCAAAAGCAUUGGGAAUUGAAUUUAACCCAUUGGAUGUGACCCUCAAGGAUCAAGGAGACAGUGGAAAGCUUGAAGGAGAAGAAAUUUGUCAACUUUUAACUUUUGUGACCUCUCUAUGA